AUGACCGACCCGCACCCAAACACUGAUCAUGUGCACUCCACCCUAGAUCAGGGCAAAGAUAACGUGGACGGCAACCAGAAGGAGGGUCUCUCAACCGCUGAAGCAAACAUAAUCACACAACGCAACCAAGCGCAAUCCCCUCUCCUCCGUCUACCAAGGGAAGUUCGCGACAUCAUCGCCACCUACGCUCUCAGUAAUUACAAUAUUGGUAUAUCACCCGAUUACCGCAUAGAUUAUAGGAUCUCAUCUCGCCCCUACUGGACCAUCAAGUGCCAUGACGCAAACCGCAAGCAACACGACUGGCAAUGUAUCGCAGCCCUAACUCUCACAUGCCAGCAGCUAAACGCUGAAUAUGCACUGAUGCCCUACUCCCUCAACAUGUUCCAAGUCGACUUCCAAUACGACAAUCCAUUUUCUGAGCGACAAUGUGCUGCGAUUCGGUAUAUUGGGCUACAUCACGCGAAGUGGAUGAGGGAGGACCUAGAUUUUCUCACGCCUUUUAAUAGUUUGAAGGAGUGCACAGUUUCGUUCAUCCCGACCCGACACUGUCGUCCCGCUGAGGUAGUGAAAGCGGUCAAAGAGGCUGUGGGUGAGGGUGUUGUGGUGAACGUGGAUAAUGUUUUCAUCAACAGUCCAAGAAGGAUAUAG